AUGGCCCGUCUGAGUGUCCCUCCUUUCUCCCUCUCCUCCUUCUUCUCCUCCUCCUCCCGCGCCGUGAAGGAUCCGGUACAUCCUUCUCGACGCCCCGCUCCGGUCGGUUUCCGACGUUCCUCUCCUUUGCCUGCCUUUCAAGGCGUUCGUUCCUUCAUCGUGCCCCAGGUGAGCACAUCUUCGCCUUCUGUUAAGAAGCCCUCUUCUGCUGUCCCUCGUUCCCGUGGUCAGGAGUUCCUGAAAAGGUUCGACGCCACUCACCCUCAUCCCCCUGCCUCUCGUUCCCCCCCCCGGUGGCUCCGGCCCAAUCCACUCCUUCUGUUCCUCAUGGCAAGCCCCCCAGCAGCACCCUGCGGUUCCUUCGUCGUCCCUCUUCAUCCUCCCCUGCUUCUCGUUCCCACCGUGUGGCUCGUGCCACGUCCACUCGUUCCCGUGAACAGACGGAACGAAAGGCUCUGUGUCCCAACAGAAGUUCCUGCAAAGGUUCGACUCCACGCACCCUGGUUCUCCGCCUCUCCUUCGUCUCCUGUGGCUCCGGCCACGUCCACUCGUUCUGUGCCUCGUGGCACGUCCAUUCCUCGUCCUGUUGAGGUUCCUCGGGUCACAUCUACUCAUUCAUAUAUCCCCGUUCGUUGUGUGGCUUCGGCCACGUCCGCUCCUUUGAAACCGAAGAAAUCGUGGAGGUCACUCGGUGGAUUGAAAAGUGGAGAGAUAUCCACAGGUGUUGCUGGAAUCAAGCCGGGGCUCUUUACUUCUAAGGCCAGGUCACAGGUCAGGGUGAGAGACGACAUCGAACAACUCCAACGGUGA